AAAACGCAGCGGCGGCGAGAGCGUUACUUGAACUACUUCCAGCUUCAAAUCAAAUCAAAUCAAAACCGAAAUCAAUUACAACAGUUGUGAAUAUGGUGACAUUUUCCACGACAAUUAACACGCCGCAUUAAGAACGGCCCAGCCGUAAAAGUGAUAGAACAAUUUACAAUCUGCAAUCCACAAACACUGCCAAUUCUCUGUACCCGAAAAAACAGAGAGUUUGUUUAGUAAAUAACUCAUUUAGUUAGUCGAAAAAGCAUUAAAAACCCAUCAUGAAGCUAAUGUGCUGCGGCGGAAGCAAUGGAACCAUGAGCGUGGACGCGAAGGGAUCCACAAAGGAGGAUGAGGCCGUGGGCAAACAUUCUGGACUGGGAAUGCGUCACUUUCAGGUCUUCCUGCUCUUCUUUGCCCUCACAGUGGCCUAUGGCCUACGGGUGAACCUCUCCGUGGCCGUGGUGGCCAUGACCGAUGCGGAAUCUGUCAAUCCCGAUUUUCCUGAUUACGAUUGGUCGGAGAAGACGAAAUCCCUGCUGCUGAGCAGCUUCUUCUGGGGCUAUGUGAUCACCCAGGUGCCCGCUGGUCAGUUGGCCCGCAAAUACGGCGGCAAGGUGAUGAUCCUUUCCGGACUCUCCAUCUGCUCGGUGCUGAAUGUCCUGACGCCUAUUUGCGCCAGGAUUGGCGGAUGGCAGCUUGUCUGCGCCCUGCGAGUGGUGGAAGGACUGUGCCAGGGAGUCGUCUUCCCCUCCACGCACACGAUCCUCUCCCAGUGGGCGCCACCCAAGGAGAGACCCACGCUGGGAACCUGUGCCUACUCCGGAAACCAGUUUGGAACGAUCCUCAUGUUGGCCACCAGUGGAGUGAUAGCAUCCUCAAUCGGUUGGCCCAGCAUCUUCUACAUCUCCGGAGGAAUUGGUUGCGUUUGGUCGGUGGUUUACUUCUUCUUUGGCGCAGGAUCUCCAUCGGAGUGCAAGAGCCUCUCGGUGGAGGAGAAGAAGCUGAUCGAGAUGUCGCAGGCCGAGGAGAAGACCAGUGAACAGGAUCAGCCCGCUGAGCACUUGCCGACGCCCUGGUUGAGCUUCUUCACCUCGCCCGCCUUCCUCGUUUUGAUUGUGUCUCAUUCUGUGCACAACUGGGGAUUCUGGACCCUGCUCACCGAGAUCCCCAGCUACAUGAAGAACAUCCUCGGCAAGGACAUCAAGUCGAAUGCCCUGCUAUCCUCGUUGCCAUACGUCUGCAUGUUCGUCAUGUCCUUCGUGUUCUCAACACUCUCCUCGCAGCUGAACAGCCGCAACUGCAUCUCCAAGGUGACCAGCAGGAAGCUCUUCAACUCGAUUGGUCUCUGGAUCCCUAUGAUUACCCUGAUUUGCCUCGGCUACGUGAAUACCGAUCAGUCGGAACUGGCGGUGGUGCUGCUCUGCUUUACCGUGGGAAUGAACGGAGCCACCUAUCUCGGCUUCAACAUGAACCACAUUGAUCUGUCACCCAACUUCGCCGGCAUUCUCAUGGGCAUCACCAACGGAGUGGCCAACAUCAUGAGCAUCAUCGCCCCGCUGAUCGUCGGAGUCAUUGUCACAAAUGAGCACGAUCCCGAACAGUGGCGCAUUGUGUUCUUCAUCGCCGCCGGAUUCUACCUGGUGGGCAACGGUCUGUACGUGAUCUUCGGCAAGGCGAAUGUCCAGCCCUGGAACGAUCCUCCGGCGAAGCCCCGCCGCAACUCCACGCCCCAGAUUGAAUCGCAACACUAGUGAUAUGGGUUCAGAAGCCGCUAGUCAGCUAGUUCCGUUCUCCACCAAAUCGAAAACCAUCAAUCCUAACUAAAGCCGGGCGCAAUGCAUUUUCGCAUUGGCCGUGUAUAUUUGUAUAUUGUAUUUGUUAACUGUGACUACUUUGUAUUUGCUUUCCGCUUCGUCUUAAGUUUUUAGUUAGUACAGAAUAAGUGAUAAGAUCAAAAACCAUGCGAAAAAAAUAAAAAAUAUGCAUGUACAACAUGUGCAAAAUCAA